AUGAAUCUAAGAGCAAGUGUGUUAACGACCGUGUGGGUCCUAGUUGCUGUAACUGCAGUCGACGCAUCACCUGUAGGUGACUGUCCGCCAGUAGAUGCGCUAGAUCACACAGACCAUCUACCAGACAGCAAAAACUGUUCACUUUUCUACAAAUGUGAUCACGCAGCACCUGUAUUGUUUAUAUGUCCUGAUGGACUCCACUUCAACCCUGUGCUGGAAGUAUGUGAUUGGCCAGACCGUGCAGGCUGUUCAGGUGCAUCACCAUCAACUGUAGCACCAAGCUCAUCCUCAGCUGCUCCUACAGGUGCUGCCACUACAGCAGCUCCAACUGCAGCACCAAGCUCAACAGCCAAUCCAACAUCUGCUCCAUCAGGAGACUGUCCAGCAGUCGGCACCUGCCCACAAUAUGAAGAUGAGAACUCUAUUGCUAAACACCUCCCCCAUGCCACAAACUGCAGCCAAUUCUGUAAAUGUGAUCAUGGAAAACCUGUCACAUUCGACUGUCCUGCUGGACUACACUUCAACCCUACACUGGAAGUAUGUGACUGGCCAGACCAAGCAGGCUGUUCAGGUGGAUCAGCAUCAACUGCUGCUCCCAGCUCUUCCACAGCUGCUCCUACAAGUGCUGCCACUAUAUCAGCUCCAACGGCAGCACCAAGCUCAUCCACAGCUGCUCCUACAAGUGCUGCCACUACAGCAGCUCCAACGGCAGCACCAAGCUCAACAGCCAAUCCGACAUCUGCUCCAUCAGGAGACUGUCCAGCAGUCGGCACCUGCCCACAAUAUGAAGAUGAGAACUCUAUUGCUAAACACCUCCCCCAUGCCACAAACUGCAGCCAAUUCUGUAAAUGUGAUCAUGGAAAACCUGUCACAUUCGACUGUCCUGCUGGACUACACUUCAACCCUACACUGGAAGUAUGUGACUGGCCAGACCAAGCAGGCUGUUCAGCUCCAACAGCAGCACCAAGCUCAACAGCCAAUCCAACAUCUGCUCCAUCAGGAGACUGUCCAGCAGUCGGCACCUGCCCACAAUAUGAAGAUGAGAACUCUAUUGCUAAACACCUCCCCCAUGCCACAAACUGCAGCCAAUUCUGUAAAUGUGAUCAUGGAAAACCUGUCACAUUCGAUUGUCCUGCUGGACUACACUUCAACCCUACACUGGAAGUAUGUGACUGGCCAGACCAAGCAGGCUGUUCAACACCAAGCUCAACAGCCAAUCCGACACCUGCUCCAUCAGGAGACUGCCCAGCAGUCGGCACCUGCCCACAAUAUGAAGAUGAGAACUCUAUUGCUAAGCACCUCCCCCAUGCCACAAACUGCAGCCAAUUCUGUAAAUGUGAUCAUGGAAAACCUGUCACAUUCGACUGUCCUGCUGGACUCCACUUCAACCCUACACUAGAAGUAUGUGACUGGCCAGACCAGGCAGGCUGUUCAGCACCAAGCCCAACAGUUAAUCCGACACCUGCUCCAUCAGGAGACUGCCCAGCAGUCGGCACCUGCCCACAAUAUGAAGAUGAGAACUCUAUUGCCAAGCACCUCCCCCAUGCCACAAACUGCAGCCAAUUCUGUAAAUGUGAUCAUGGAAAACCUGUCACAUUUGACUGUCCUGCUGGACUCCACUUCAACCCUACACUAGAAGUAUGUGACUGGCCAGACCAGGCGGGCUGUUCAGGUGGAUCAGCGUCAACUGCAGCUCCCAGUUCAUCCACAGCUGCUCCCACAAGUGCAGCCACUACAGCAGCUCCAACUGCAGCACCAAGCUCAUCAACAGCUGCUUCUACAAGUGAUGCCACUACAGCAGCUCCAACGGCAGCACCAAGCUCUACAGCCAAUCCAACAUCUGCUCCAUCAGGAGAUUGCCCAGCCGUCGGCAGCUGCCCACAAUAUGAAGAUGAGAACUCUAUUGCUAAGCACCUUCCCCAUGCCACAAACUGCAGCCAGUUCUGUAAAUGUGACCAUGGAAAACCUGUCACAUUCGACUGUCCUGCUGGACUCCACUUCAACCCUACACUAGAAGUAUGUGACUGGCCAGACCAAGCGGGCUGUUCAGGUGGAUCGCCAUCAACUGCAGCUCCUAGCUCAUCCUCAGCUGCUCCCACAAGUGCAGCCACUACAGCAGCUCCAACUGCAGCACCAAGCCCAUCAACAGCUGCUCCUACAAGUGCUGCCACUACAGCACCUCCAACUGCAGCACCAAGCUCAUCGACAGCUGCUCCUACAAGUGCUGCCACUACAGCAGCUCCAACGGUAGCACCAAGCUCAACAGCCAAUCCAACAGGAGACUGCCCAGCAGUCGGCAGCUGCCCACAAUAUGAAGAUGAGAACUCUAUUGCUAAGCACCUUCCCCAUUCAUCUGACUGCACCAAGUUCUGCAAAUGUGACCAUGGUACACCUGUUACAUUUGACUGCCCUGCUGGGCUCCAUUUCAACCCUACACUGGAAGUAUGUGACUGGCCAUACCGUGCUGGCUGUGUAAAUAGUUCACCUUUAUAG